UUCUCUUUCUUCUGACCGUCCUCUAAUAGAAUUCCUGCUGUCCUCGUUUUGCUAUUUCUGUCUCUUCUAUUCAUCUGUAAUUGUUUCUGUCUGUUUACUUUUAUCUCCGUGUGUGUGUGUGUGUGGAUAUAUAUCUCUUUCCUGAAAUGUCGGAAGUUCGCGAAGAGCAAAACUAUCUUUUGCGGAUACGAAGAGGAGACAUCUUCCAGUUCAGAGCCGACUGGGUGUUUCCAUACAAUAUCUAUGUGGGUGUUUAGUGUUUAGUGUUCGUUCUCUCUCGGGUAGUCAGUUUGUGUCCGUGUGACUAUCUACGAGAGCAAGUGUGCAUCUAUGUCGCCGUCCCAAAGCUGCCGUAUUCUAUGGGUAAUUGGCUGCUUAGGUUGCGAAAAGUUAAAAUGUCGUCAUCACCUCAUAAGUCUGCACGCUGUGAUGACAAAAUCUGCGAUGAGUUGGUGAACCCUACUGCAGAAAUGGUAAAAGAUGAAUGUGCAGUGGCCAACCGUUUUGAAGAACUCUUCAAUAGUCCUCAUUUCAGUGACAUUCGGUUGAACAUCUGUGGUGAUGUUUAUUAUGCCCACAAAUUUCUGUUAGUUACAGCAAGUGAAGUCUUCAAUGCAAUGUUAAACGAAGAGCGAUGGAGAGAAUCUCGUCAACCUGAGAUCGAAUUAAAUGAAACUGAUGAGUGUAUUCCAGUUUUUGGCCAAUUCUUGAAGUAUAUUUAUUGUGGCAAAGUGGAACUUACAACAGACACGACCCUUCCAAUUCUCUUGCUUGCGGAUAAAUACUCUCUGUCUAGUUUGCGUAAGUCUUGUGUGGAUUAUAUGCUGCGACACAUUGUGGAAUCACCAGACACUAACAGGACUCUGACGUGGUACCAGUAUGCCAAAAUGACUAACCAGGAUGAGUUGGCAGCCAACUGCUUGAAAUUCAUCACAUCAAACUUUGACCUUAUUCUUCGCACAGCUGAUUGGCUGGACGUUUCUGACUCUGAAGUUGAAGAGUUCUUGAAAAACUCUGAGCUUCUUGUUAGCAGUGAAGCUGCUCUCUGGAAGGAGGUUGAGAAAUGGCUGGUGGUUUCUGAAAGCCGACUAGAAAAAACUGAAGAUAAUUUGGCAAAAAUAAUUCCGCUGUUACGCUUUAGUAUGAUGACACCACGCCAACUCUUGGACAUUGAGUCUUCCAAUUUGUGUCGUAAUAACCCAGACAUUUUCAGUCCACCAUUAAACGCAGCUUAUCGCUACCAUUCACUUUCGUCUGAUGUUCUUACUGAUAUAGGCAAAGAACCUUACCGAAAUUACACGGAUGACUCAUAUUCAAUUUGUUGCAAAAUUGGUCUUCAGAAGUACCGGGAAGUAACCAAAAUUAACAGCAAAAUCGAUGCUAUGUUUGACGUUCCAAUUGUUUAUGCUGCUCCCUCUCGAUCAGUUGUUAAGAAAUUUACUUUCCGUGUGGAAUUCUUCUCAAAGGGCUACUUCAGUGCGUACUCGUUAUACGGACGUUAUCUUGGUCGUCAGACAGACAUGACCAUGAUGAACAUAGACUGUACGGUGACACCAGAUCUGGCCCUUAAAGUAGAGUUCACAAUAGUAUUCUAUGGUAAAAAGAAAGACUUGGAGUAUGUCGUGUACACCUACCACGGGGCCCACACAUUUAGUCGAGACAGCUGCGGGGCUGUGGUUGAGAAUGUGAUACCCUUGAAAUUGUUGACGCAAAAGGAUUCUGUGUAUCUCAUCGAUGGAAAUUUAGUAGGAAGUAUUUUUAUAAAAGUACAGAAGGUUAUACAGACCUCACAGAAUUUUAAUAACUAGAGAUACAUUUGCCUAUGCUUUGCUGAGAUACCUUUCAUGUAUUGUGACAGAAUAACAUGUGUGUAUGUGUUUGCAUAUAUAUAUAUAUAUAUAUAUAUAUAUAUGUAUAUAUAUAUGUGUGU